GGUGGAACGUGCUUGUGUAAACAGCCCAGCUCAGUGAGCGCACACGCUUCUGCAGCUUGGACUUCAACACUUGGACCACACCAAAAGAUGUCAGCACUGCCUCCACCUGUGAUGCCUCGAAAGGCUUCAGGGGUCCGAGUCAUGCCACUCCCGGGACACCAGAUUCGCUCCGGCCAGCUCCCCACAAGUACUGAUCAUGGAAAAGGUACAUUCAAGUUAACCACACGCAUGCAUUCUUCCAUCAAGUCUGACGCAAGUAUGUCCUCAGAGAAUGAUGCCAACAAGGAUGCCAACCAUCCAUCUCAAGUGCAUGCAGAGAGAGAAGUGGAGAUCCUGAACCACUGUUUCGACGACAUUGAGCGAUUCAUGGCACGGUUGCAGCAGACGGCCGAGGCCCAGAGCGUACUCAACCAGAGGACGAAAAGGAGCAGGAAGAGCAAGCAGCAGAGCCAUGAUGACUUGCUGACCAUGAAAGCAGUUCCUCCGCCAGCAGAAGAAUUUGUGGACCUGUUUCAGAAAAUCAAGUACUCCUUCAGUCUGCUGGAUCGUCUCAAGUCAGCCAUCGAGAAACCGGACGCACCAGAGCUGCUGCAUCACGUCUUUGCGCCUCUCAGACUGAUGGUGAAAACUACAGGUGGGCCGGAGUUUGGUGGGUCAGUGAUCAGUCCUGCUCUGACCCAUGGUGCUGUUUCACUGCUGGAGAAGCAUCUGACUGAGGAGGAAAAAGAACUGUGGACUGAACUGGGACCAUACUGGACUUCACCCUGUUCCCACUUCAGCAUCUCCGUCCCCCCAUACUCACCUGUCUUCUUGGACGGAUGGCAGCCGCAGGCGUUCGACUCCACCGGUUUGCCUUUGGAAGAUCCUGUUGAGUCGCAGCACAAGCAAGACGCUCAGCAGGGCCGAGAUCAACACGCCAUGGAAGUCCUUGCUGAAGAAACCGAUGAAGUGGAGGGGAAAGGGCUUCCACCACUGGGUGAAAGACAUUACUGCUGCAGCUAUGACUUUGUUGCAAGAAACAGCAGUGAGCUCUCUGUGCUGCAUGGAGAAACAUUGGAGGUCAUCGAGUCAUCAAAGAGGUGGUGGAAGUGCCGCAAUCGCUUUGGCCAGAUCGGGUUUGUUCCCUUCAACAUCUUGGAACCACUGUCCGCUCUGAGUGACAGCUGUGGAGACACGCCAGUGACGUCCCCUAUUUCACCUUGCUCAACGGCGUUCUUUUCGAACCCCCCACUGAGCCCGGUCGGUGCUUGUCCGACGUCUACGAGUCCAACAGCACACCUACCUCAGAGCACGGCUUUAGCGUGCAGCACGGCGCAAGCAGAGAAUGGAGAUCGAGUCCUGAUAAUGAAUGACGAGCUUCUCCAAAGACUGGCCGAGAAAAGAGGCUCCAUGCGGCCCUCUCUUAUGGUGCCUCGCUCCACAGAGACUGCUCUUCCACUGAACUACCACUCUCCCCCUGCUGAGGUGGAGGCCUGGCUCACUGCGAAGGGCUUCAGUCAGCCGACGGCCCAGAGCCUCGGCAUUUUAACCGGAGCGCAGCUUUUUUCCCUGAGCAAGGGGGAACUUCGUGAAGUGUCCCAGGAGGAGGGUGUCAGAGUUUACAGCCAAGUUAUGGUGCAGAAGGCCCUUCUGGAGGAUGUGCGAAAAGCCUCCGAAUUGGAGAAGGCGAUGGAGAGGCAAAAGCUGAAGAUUGGCAUGCCAGAGUGAGACUGCGUAUCAGAUGAACUUUAUGUAUCUGUCAAUGUGGAUCAGUUCAUGACAUGUACUGUUAUGCGACCCGGUUUGGAUUUGGAAGUAUCAUCUCUUGUUUGUGUCUUUUACUUUCCUACAAGUACUCCUGUUAUCCUUUGUUCAAGCAAAUGAUAUGAAGGCCAAGUGUUGUGAUAAUGAUAUGAUAGAGACUGAGACUGUGAUGAAACCCCACAUACCGUAAACGUGCAUUCUGUGCUCAUUUUCACUGAAAAGUGACGCUUGCUUUUUCACUACUAAUAAAGUUAACAAAUUUGUCAUUUA